AUGCCUGUGGUGGAUGUCUCGGUUCUGUCCGCGACAAGGAUCACAGGCACGUCGCUGCGCAGUUCAUUCUGCGUGUACGUGCGUCUCCAGGGCCAGGCGAUCCGCACGAAGCUCUCCAACGCUGACCGCUCGGGUGAAGUAUGCUUUGGCGAGCGGUUCCGCUUCCAGUACCACUAUGAGACGACCAACCCAGUCCGCAACCGCCUGUUCGUGGAGCUGUGGACCAAGUCGCUGUUCUCGCAAAGUUGUGUGUCAGUUGCAUGGAUUGAGAUGGGCGAGCAGCGCUUCGUGCGCGGUGAGCAACUGCGCGUGAACUUGCAUGGCACCUUCGAGGGCAAGAGCUCCACGCUCACUCUUGUGAUCACGCCGCUGGACUUCGGCGAGCAUCCCAGCGUGGCACAGCAGCCCAUCCCAGUUAUGUACGGGAUGCCGGUGGAGGGUACUCCACUUGAAUUGCCAAGCCCGUACAGCAGCGCUGCCUACACACCGAACACGUGCCCCACUGUGCUGGAUCCAAUGUCACGCCAAAAGCACGAGGGGUUACAGCCGCAGCCGCAGACAUUUCUCCCUGCGUCGCUGCCGCCGCCGCUCUACUCGGACCUUUUGCUGGCCAGGCAACAUCAGGUCUCCGGCGGCGCCAACGGCCAGGGCCCGGGUGCGCUGCCGGCACCAAGCCAGAACGCCAAAUGCGACCACAACGUGGACCACCCGAAGAAGUCGCAGCAGCUGUAG